ACCUUCCCGAAGCGUGUGAAGGUGGUGGAGGUGGGACCGCGCGACGGGCUCCAGAACGAGAAGAAUGUUGUACCGACACCGGUGAAAAUCAAUUUAAUCAAUAUGCUGUCAGAGACGGGGCUUCAGGUUAUAGAGGCCACCAGCUUUGUUUCCCCGAAGUGGGUUCCUCAGAUGGCUGACCAUACUGAAGUCAUGCAAGGAAUUAAUAAGUUGCCCGGUAUUAGUUAUCCUGUGCUGACUCCUAAUCUGAAAGGAUUUCAGGCAGCGGUGGCAGCAGGGGCCAAAGAAGUGUCAAUUUUCGGAGCAGCAUCUGAGCUCUUCACUAAGAAGAACAUCAACUGUUCCAUAGAGGAGAGUUUGGAGAGAUUUGAUGAAGUGAUGUCCGCAGCAAGAGCAGCCAGCAUUCCUGUCAGGGGAUACGUUUCUUGUGUCCUUGGGUGUCCCUAUGAAGGGAAGAUAUCUGCAGCUAAAGUUGCAGAGGUCUCAAAGAAGAUGUACUCAAUGGGAUGCUAUGAGAUUUCCCUCGGUGACACCAUUGGCAUUGGGACCCCAGGGAGCAUGAAGGAGAUGCUGACAGCAGUCAUGAAAGAGGUGCCAGUUGGGGCUCUUGCCGUUCACUGCCAUGAUACCUACGGGCAAGCUCUUGCCAACAUCUUGGUGGCGCUUCAAAUGGGUGUGAGCGUGGUUGACGCUUCUGUCGCUGGCCUUGGAGGCUGCCCCUAUGCCCAAGGAGCAUCAGGAAACGUUGCUACGGAGGACUUGGUGUACAUGCUGAAUGGCCUGGGGAUCCACACGGGUGUGGAUCUGCAGAAACUGAUGGACACAGGCACAUUCAUUUGCAAUGCUCUCAACAGACGAACCAAUUCCAAAGUGUCCCAGGCAUCUUGCAGACUCUGA